UUUAGGCCCAGUAUUGAUGAUAAUAACUUGGCUGAUAAGGCAUUGAAAUCAUAGCAGGAUAGAUGCAUAAUGUUGGUAAAAUCCUUGUUACUAUUUUUAGAAAUAUACUAACAGGAGAAAAUGAUAAACUGGAAGGAGGCUGAAAGAGAAAAAGAGACACAGCCGUACACUCAGUACAGACAAUCAUUUCCGAAAAGUGGUACAAGGACCUGCCACCACCACAGUGUUGUUAAUGUUGUUGCAGAUCAUAUCAUCUUCCAUGAUGCACCAAUAGCAAGGGAUAGCGGAAGUAAUGAGUGUGUCUGCAGUAUAGAGCUCCCUGACACUACCUUCCCUUCACAUAUCAUUGAUAUCCUGGAUGCUUCCUACAAGAACCUGACCCAUCUUUCUGAACAAGAGAUUGAAAAGCUUAUAAAAAUCCAGAUAGACAUAACAACAUAUAAUAAGACUUUGGAGGACAUAGUUGACAGAAUACGUCAGAUUGAGAUGGAUGGCAUCAAGGAUGAAACAGAUUACAUAGAUAUUACACGAAAAAUUGACCAGCUGAAGAAAAUAGCUGAAGAUCUGACUGUUGUCCUAAACAGAACUGAUUUGGGGCUUCAAGGUUUACUCGACAAGGUCAACAAUGUCUCCAGUAUGGUGUGGCAGCUAGAAUCUUUUGAUGAGAACAAUGUGUUGGUGACGCAUAGGGAAAUGGCCAUACUCCGGAAACAACUGACCAAUUGUGAAGAAGCUGCUGGGAAUCCCAACUUUGGUUUCCCUUCCGCUGGCGUCAUGGCUCCUGAAUUUGGUAAAUGUGAUAACAAAGUGUUGGUGAACAUUAGCAAGCCAUUUAUAGUGAAACUCAACUGGCGAGGUUUCAGCUACAAAUAUGGAGCCUGGGGGAAGGACUUUGCUGUUGGGACCAAGAAUCCAGAGACAUACUGGGUUGCUCCGCUCAACACAGACGAACGUUUGAUGGAAACCUACCGCCUCUACAAUACAUACGCUGACCUGCUACUAUACAGAAACCAAAUAGAAAAAAGCCUUUCACAGUACGUUGGGCUCACCUGGAACUACAUCCACUGUGGGCAAGGAAGUGGAACAAUUUUAUACAAUGGCAACUUCUAUUACAACUGCUACAACAGCAGGAGCCUGUGCAAGAUGAAUGUUGCAACCAAUGAAAUCAAGCGCAAGAACAUAGAUGGGGCUGUAUUUAACAACUGGUACUCCUAUAAUGGCAUCAAUUGGCAGGACUUUGAUUUUGCUGGGGACGAGAAAGGUCUGUGGCUCAUUUAUUCCUCAGAAAGAAGCAAGGGGAAAGUAAUUAUUGGGCAGUUAGAUCCUAAUACUAUGAACAUAACCAAGUCAUGGCAAACCUCGCUGUAUAAGCCUACUGCAACUGGCACAUUCAUGAUCUGUGGGGUGCUGUAUGCCAUCAAGCGUGUGAGUGCACAUAAAGAGCAAGUAUUUUACAAAUAUGACACCAACACAGCCACAGAAGGUGCUCUAGACAUCAGCCUGGAAAAACUCUCCGAUACACCACAAAGCAUCAGCUACAACCCCAACGACCACAAGUUAUACAUGUACAAUGAUGGCUACCUGGUCACUUAUGACGUGCUGUUCCAGCGCAUACCCCGGAGGGCAAAGCGGAGCAUGGCCCAUAAGACAGAGCAGAAUGCUGUUAUAGCGAUCAGUAAAGCCUACUUCAGCUUGUGACAACUCGCAGCAGCCUGAAAAAGAGCUAAGAUUAGGCUUGCACAGCACCCAUCUAUUAGCAAAUACAUAUUUUAAAAAGUCUAAAUAAAACCAGGAGCUUUUAUGGCCGAGACGUAUAUUCACAUGAAUGUAUGUGGGGGUGCAGAU